CUGUUACCGUUCAUUAUACCUUUUGAAGUGUCGCGCUAGUAUGGUAUUUUAGGAAUUGAGGUACAAAUAUGACUGAUCGUGAUGAAAACGCUCCUCCAAGAACAACGUUAUUUGUAAGAAAUUUACCAUUUGAUAUAAAUGCUCAAAAACUAGAAGAGGAGUUUUCGAAGUUUGGACCUAUUAAGAAAGCUUUUGUUGUUAAGGAUAAAGAUAAUGCAAGUAGAUGUAGAGGAUUUGGAUAUGUACAAUUUGUUUUGCAAGCAGACACAGAUAAAGCUUUGAAAACAAAGCUGUGUAUUGGCAAUCGUGAUUUAAAGUGUUCUUAUGCAAAUAAAAAGCCGAAGCAUGAAAAACGCAAAAAAAUUGAAAAUGAUGAAAGUGAUCAAACUGAAAAUAAAAAUUUGUCAAAUGAAGAAAAUAUACAAAAGGAUCAAAAAGCAAGUUUUAGCAGCCAACCAAAUAAGAAUAUCAAAUUCAAAAAAAGUAUACCAAUCAUAGAUGAAAAUAUUCAAAACGUUAAAUCUAGCAGUGAUGAGAAAACCAAAUGUAUAAAAGAAAAGCUUACAAAAAGUAUAAGUGAUCCUAAUUUGCAAAACACAGAAAAUCAAAAACCAAAAUCCGAUCUGCAACGUACAUUGGUUAUUUCCGGAUUAACUGCAAAGGUAAAAAGAAAAAACAUUCGCAUACUAUGUGAACAAUUUGGAGAGAUUGAAAAUAUAGUUUACCCAGUUUCAGAUAGAGCAGAAGUAACCGCUUUUGUGCGUUUCAAAGAUUUCAAGUCUACCAUACGUGCAGUUCAAAAAAUCAAAGGUCAAAAAGUAAAAAAAUCAAAUACAUUAUCUGCUGUUUUGCUUACAAAGGAAGGGAAAUUUCCUUCUAAAAAAGUUCAACAGAAAUCUCGACUAAUUAUUAGAAACUUAAGUUUUAAAUGUGAGGAACAGGAUAUUCGUGAUUCUUUCUCAGUCUUUGGUAAAAUUAUUGACAUUAAAAUUCCAACCAAAACUGUUAAUAAUAAGUCACUUAAAAUUGGAUGCGCUUUUGUUCAGUUUGACAAUGAAAUUAAUGCCAAAAUAGCAAUGGAAAAGAUGAAUUUAAAGGAAAUUAAAGGAAGACCUGUUGUUGUUGAUUGGGCCAUAGAAAAAGAUGAAUAUCAAUCACAGAAAAAAGAGAAAGAAGUAUUACCAAACACAAAUGAAAACAUUUCUCAAAAUCAAGAAAAUGAAGAAAAACCUAAAAAAGGUUUAAAAUCUAGCAAAAAACUCAUAGAAGAUUUCGAAGAUAGUGUUGAAAAAGAGGAAAACCAGGAAGAUGAUAAUUCUAUGCAGAAUGAUGAUGAAGGAUUUCAUGAUGAUUCAAACAAUGAAGACUUUCAUGAUGAUUCAAACAAUGAAGAUAGUGAUGAUUUAUACAAAGAUGAUGAUGAUGAUAAUGAUGAUGAUGACGAAUUUGAAGAAAAAAUCUUACCUAAAAAACAGCUCAAGGAUGCAAAAGAAGGCAAAACUGUUUUCAUACGUAAUUUGUCAUACAACACAAAUGAAGAAGAAAUUGAAGAAGAAUUUGAAAAGUUUGGUGAAAUUGAAUAUUGCAAACUUGUUGUUGACCAACAAACUGGAAGUUCUAGAGGAUCAGCAUUUGUAAAAUUUAAAGAAGUUGAAUCAGCAGAAGCAUGUGUAAAAGAGACAAGUGGUGAAAACCAAAAUAGCGUUUCUAUUGACGGACGUGCUCUUGUUGUAUCGCUUGCUGUUACAAAAGGUAAAGUAAACGAGAUAGUUCGGGAAAAAAUGGAUGCAAAGAAAGAAACAGAUAAAAGGAACUUGUACUUAGCUUAUGAAGGUAUGAUUACAAGAAACUCACCGGCAGCCGAAGGUCUUUCGGAUGCUGAUCUAAAGAAAAGAGAGAAAGCUUUGAUUGAAAAAAAAGCGAAAUUAAAAAACCCAAACUAUUUUGUUUCUAGAACUAGGUUAAGUGUGCGAAACCUACCUCUAAACAUCAGCUCAAUAGAACUUAAAGAUGCUUUUCUUAAAGCUGUAAAAAAUGACGACAUUAAAAUAAAUAAUGUAAAAAUUAUGACAAGUAAAGACCGUAAAGACAGUAAAGGAAUGCCUCGAUCACUUGGAUUUGGAUUCUUAGAAGUCGGUGUUCAUGAACACGCUCUCGCAAUUCUUCGAGCGACAAAUAAUAAUCCGGAUUUGUUUGGCAAAAAUCGUCGCCCUAUAGUCGAAUUUGCUAUUGAGAAUGCAAAAGCUAUAAAAAUUCAAGAGUUAAAGCAGAAAAAGAUAGCGGAAAUGCAAAGUAAAACUGAAGACAGUCAAAUUAAUAAAAAAUCUGAACGUCAGAAGCAGCGCGAAAAAAAAUACAAACGCAUUGAAAGGUAUCAUCGUAAAAGAGAAGCAAAACGUUUAGAGAAAAUGAAAAGUGGAUUAAGCGAAAGUAAGUCAACUUUACCAGAAAACGAUGAAAAAUUAUUUACAAAGUCUAAUGCUAGCUUACCUAAAAAAGAUGUAGCGGACCUACUAAAUAAUAAAAGCAACAAAAAGAUUAAGCAACGAAAAAGAAAUAUGAGCGAAAUUAAAAACGAAACAAAUAUCGUGUUACAUAAAAAUCCACCUCGCAAAGAACGAGAAAAGUUAGAUGUUAAAAAACCAGAACGACCUGGUGAAAAACGGCGAAACGACGAAGAAAAUUUAAAAUUCCAUGUUAAAAAACCUCGUCCGAACAUAAAGGAAACGGUUGUGAAAAAAACUUAUCAGACCGACGAAGAUAAGUUUAAUGCUCUUGUUAAUAAAUACAAGAAUAAAAUAAUCCUUAAUGAUAGCGAGCAAAGUGCAAAAAAAAAAUGGUUUGAAUGAUUGUAUAUUUUAAUAUCAGUAUAGAAAUAUAAAUAGUAAA